AGCCACACAUUCAGUGCGUAGGAAACUACUGGCAGGGCCGCCGGCAGCCAGUAGCCACACCAAAAGACACAGGACACACGGCUCUCGGGCAGGAGUAAGGGAGCACGGGAGAGUGAGACAGAGAGCGAGAAAGAGAAGGGCGAUCACAAGCACAGGAGAGGAAGUCAGAGGGGAGGAAAGCUAAAGUGGCUGUACUUUUGCUCACAACAUGGAGGGAGACUCUGAUUAACUGAGGCAUGAUGGAAGCUGUGUGAUGGACCAUGUGGAGAGAGAACAGGCAGUCAGGAUCAGACAGAUUUGCUGGUGGCGUGACGAGUAGACUGGGGAGAGAAGAGCUCUCUCUUUGAGGAGCACGUCCCCAGUGCAGUGGAUAGGAUGGAAAAUGAAACCCAGGUCAUAGUUUGGAGUAACGGACAGAGAGGCUUCUGUGAUUCAGUACUGUACUGGACUUGACGAGAGAGCUGACGGGACCAGAAGGAUUGCAGAAUGUUUAUGAACUUCAGGAGGAUCAGAAAAUGUCAGUGUCUGCAACUUAUCUCCAUGUGCUUUGUCUUGUCUGUGCUGAUGGUGUGCUGGGAGCAGCUGGACCACCACGUGGUGAGACACAUGAAGUCUUACUCAUACCGCUACCUGGUCAACAGCUAUGACUUCAUCAACAAGAGUUUCAGUGUUAGUCGAGAAGAAGCGGAGAGCUUCUGCAGUUUUCCAUAUCUGCUCGACCACAACGAGAUGUGCAAUGGCAAGGAUGUGCUGCUGCUUCUCUUUGUCAAGUCCUCGCCAGAGAAUGUGGAGAGGAGACAGGCUAUUCGAUCGACAUGGGGAAAUGAGAGCUACAUACAGGAGGGACUAGGGGUGACUGUGAAAGUAGUUUUUGCCCUCGGUGUUCAUCCCAAUCCCCACCAACGGGCCAGUGUCCAGCACGCGCUCCGCGAGGAAGACCGUACCUACAAAGACCUCGUGCAGCAGGACUUUGAGGACACUUUUCACAACUUGACCAUCAAGCUCCUGCUGCAGUUCCGCUGGGCCCACGCCCAUUGUGCCCACGCAAGUUUCCUCAUGUCGGCAGACGACGACAUCUUCAUCCACAUGCCCAACCUGGUGCGCUAUCUUCAGGGCUUGAAGGAAGAUGGCGUGCGGGACUUCUGGGCAGGCCAUGUUCACCGCGGCGCCCCACCCAUUCGCCGGAGGGACAGCAAAUACUACAUGCCUUAUGAGAUGUACCAGUGGCCUUCCUACCCAGAUUACACUGCUGGCGCCGGCUACGUGGUCUCGGGAGAUGUGGCCGCCAAAAUUUACCAGGCCUCUACAUCGCUUAACGCCUCGCUCUAUAUUGACGAUGUGUUCAUGGGAAUUUGUGCCAAAUCCAUGGGGGUCUCUCCUCAGGAACACGUUUACUUUUCAGGGGAGGGGAAGGCCCCCUAUCAUCCCUGCAUCUAUGAAAAGAUGAUCACCUCACAUGGACACGUGGCCGAUGUUCGGCACCUCUGGAAGGUGGCCACUGACCCAAAGAUCAAUGGCAUCUCCUCUGGGAUAACGGGGAAAUUGUACUGCACUGCAGUUAAAGUGAUGCUCCUCUGUAAACCCUACUAUGUGAACACCUACCCUUGUAAAGCAGCUUUCUUAUAGUGUUCUUUGGGGGCGAAUAUAGUCUUUUAAUGUGUUAUUCUUUUUAUUGUCUGCUGACCCCAAACCACCCCCCACACCCCAAAAUCUGAGGCUAAAGCCAUGUACUUAAGUUUGUGUUCACCAUUGCUGCCUUUUGGCGUCAUGGAAACUCCCUAUGUGGACCAGGUGAUUUGAUACCCUCUGUAGUCGUGGCUUAGAUCAAGGUUUGAUGACUGUAAUCCUCAAAAGGGAAUUUCGAGUCAUUUUGAGACGUACCUCAUAGAUUUGUGUUUAUCUUCAGGUUUCUAUGCCAUCAUUCUAAAUUAAACAGAUUGAUAGUAAGAAAA